CAUAGUCUAUUUCUCUCUGAUUUUAGCAUUCCUUGAAAAAAUUUCUAUGCUUACCUUGUCUUUAUAAGUAUCAGAGCACCCACAACUUAACUGUCACUGAAUAAUCCAUCUUUUUGUCAAGUUAUUUUCUCUUUAUUUCUGCAUGUAAAGCAUUGCAGUUGCUCAUGUUGGCUCCCCUUGGAUGUCAUCAAUGACCGCGCCCCCUAACAGGAAGCAAUGGCCACCAGCAACUUUAGCAAGCUCUAACUUUCCCAAAGCAAGUGCAAUGCAAGAAUGCAACUAGGAAUAGUCUAUUUGGGUAGUGUACAUUAAAAAUAAGCAAUAAUCUCAAAUUUCAUUUUCGCGUGCAAGCCUCCCUUUAAAAUAUCCAACAUCUUCCAGCUUCUUUGAUAUUUUUUGAUAUAUUGACUUAUUCCUUACAACUCCAUCUAGCUCAGCCUGAAUUUUUUGAUCUCCCCAGAUUGCAAUCAAUGUUUCCACUUUCCAUCUCUUGUUUACAGCUGCCAUUUUAUUAAUUUUGAUGGGUGUGGUGUAAAGGGCGGAGUAAAUAAUACUUGUGGUUUAAGCUAUAUGAAUGUGUUUACACUGUCACUAAGCUAGCUUUAAUUAUGUCUUAAACUACCAACUUUAGGUAGUUUAAGAUACAUUUAUCAAGCAUCCUUUCUUUUGUGUUUUAACUGGUUUUAGUCAGUUCACACUUCAAAAUAAUUAACUAGUUAAAAUUCAAACCAGUUAAGUUAUGAUUAAACCAGUUAAAAUGCUACUAGUGUAAAUGGGGUAUAAUGUAUGACUGUUGUAUAGGAGAAACUUAUCAGAGUGGUGAUAUAAUUGAAGGAAAUGUUGAAAAUGUUGAAGUACUGAAGAUUUAUUUUCCUGAGAAAGUUACUUCUGAGUUUAAGAGGAUGCGAUCAAAGUUUCGGGAAACAUUCUUCAAUGUGGGCUCAAUCAUGAUGAAAAACCCUCAGUCUAUAUCCCUUGAUAAUAUGAAAUAUGAUUUAGGUGCUUACAACAAAACAUCAUUAUGGCCUCAAUUAGCUCAGUGUCAAAAUAUUCGUGACAUUUUAAAAUUAGUACGUGAUAACAGUUCACUUGAUGAUAUUAGUGUGCUGGAGUUUGUUGUUAAUGAGUUUAAUAUAAAGGAGGCUAAUCCAGUUAUUAAGGAAUAUAAAGAAGCUGUUGAGGAGUUUAAGGGAACAAAACUCAGUCAAUGUUUAAAAGAUAAGUUUUCAAAAGCUUCACUACUUCUAUGUGAAAGGAUUAUCAUUGUCAUUGAUGAAGAUGCUGAUGGGUUUGUAUUUAAAGAUGUGGAGAGACUGUCAUCAGCUGUAUUGCCACAACAUAUCAGAGUAAAUGUCAUUAGAGGUGAUGAUGCUGGUGGUACUUGGAAAUUUUUGAAACAAAAAUCACUUACUGAUAGUUUUGAUGAAACUACUUUACAAACCAUGUCACUUACAACUAGUCAGUUACCCGGAACAGAAGAAUCAUCUUUCCUGGAGGAAACCAAAAAAAAUGAGGAUCAAGUUAUUUUGCUACAAGAGAAAGUUGAGAGCACCCAAAGACAAUUGGAUGAAGAAAAGAAAUACAGUGAAAAUAAAAAACAAUUUCAUGAACAAGUCACACAGGAAUAUGAAGAAAAAAUAAUAGAACUUAAUCAACAAUACGAAAAAUUGAAAACAGACAAUGAACUUGCUCAUAAACAACUUGAGGAACUUAAAAAGGAACUAAAAAAAGAAAAACAAGCAUCCUCAAGUUUCAAGAAACAGAAAGAAGUUGAUCUAAGAGAGAAAGAAGAAUCUAAAAUGAAGAUUGAUAAUCUUCGACAAGAACUAGAACUACAGCGAGUCAAAGAUUACAAGGAAGUAUCAGUUCAGUGUGACUACACUAUCACUCAGUCAGAACAAUUGUUAAUUAGAGAGAAUGAAAGGUUAGAGUCAUUACUUAAAGAUCAAAAUGUACAAGUACAACAGAAAGAAGAGUAUGAGAUAUUACAAGAGACUGAGACUGUACAUACAUGUACUUAUAUCAGUAAAGAUAAUAUAUCUAAAUUAUCAGUGAUACUGGAACCAUUUAAAGAUGACUGGUAUCAUAUUGGACAGUGUCUUGAAGUGAAGGAAUCAGUGUUAACUGAAAUCAAAAAGAUGAUACCAGUUGAUUCAAGAUUAACUCAUGUACUUGAGACCUGGUGUCAUGAGAAGGAUAGAACAAUAACUGAGCUGAAGAAUUCAUUGAAAAGAAUGGAUAGAGAUGAUAUACUGGAAGAUUUACAUGAAUUACCUACUGGACAAUAUACAAUGAAUAAUGAUGAAGAAUAUGAUAUUAAUGUAAAAGAUUCAAAUGAUGAAGUUAAGUGCUCUCAAAUCCAUCGUACUCCCAACUUCUUACCUCUUCACCCUCCCUAA